AAAAAGAUGGCAGCUCCCAUGAGAAGAGCGCGGUUUCAAAGUUGAGAUUUAGUGAACAAACUUCACGCCAUAAAUAUGACUUUAUCAACGCAGCAAAGUGAGGAGGAUUCACAGUUUAUUCUUGUAGCUAAGGCUGACAACGCCAGAAAUGUGUCCAAUGUCCUAAAAGCAGUGCAUUUCAAGGAUAAAGAGCUAGCAACAGUCUUUGCCAGUGAAAAUGGACUGAAAGUCACUGUCGAGGAUUCUAAGAGUGUUCAGGCGAACGCUUUCAUCCAGUCAGGAAUCUUCCAAGAGUACGUCAUCAAGGAACAGUCGGCUACCUUCAUGGUCAAUCUCACUAUCUUACUGGAAUGUUUGACCAUCUUUGGAACUGGAACAUCGGGAGUGACCCCUGCCUUGAAGAUGUGCUAUGGUGGCUAUGGAACACCAUUGCUUCUUCUAUUGGAAGAGAACGGAGUGGUGACCGAUUGUAGCAUCAAGACCCUGGAACCUGAAGAGACACUGGACUUCAACUUCUGCGGCGCCAAUGUCAUCAAUAAGAUAAUAAUGAAGUCGGAGUGUUUGAAGGACGCUUUCCAAGAAUUAGACAUGACCAGCGAAGUCUUAGAGAUUCUCAUGUCGCCUGAUAAACCUUACUUCAGACUCUCCACAUUCGGCAACGCAGGCAGUGCACACUCCGACUUUCCCAAAGAUUCGGAUCUUGUUGAGUCCUUCCAGUGCACAAAGACACAAUCAAACAGAUACAAGCUGGUGCUACUCAAGCCAACAGUCAAAGCCCUCAUGUCAUCCACCAAAGUCUCCAUCCGGACGGACAAUCGUGGUUUCCUGUCUCUACAGUACAUGAUACGCAACGAGGACGGACAGAUAUGCUUCGUGGAAUAUUAUUGUGCACCUGAUGAAGAACAAGAUGAGGAGAACGACGACUGAGCCCUUGCCAUCUUUGCUAGUGCCUUGUGUUACUUGUCAGAACGGACUAGAAAUAAUCAAGAGACUCUUGUACGCUUGUACAGUGAUCUGAUGGUGGCAAUUGUUUGAUGGCAAGAACUGCAGCUUUCAGUUUGUGCAGUGUGCAGCUGGUUUUUAACGACAGGUGGCCAUUGUAAAACCUUUGCAAUAAUAAACAGGUUGUCAUA